AUGAGUAAUGGAGAUAUGUGUCUUCUUGAUAGUGCUACAACUAACACUAUUUUAAGAGAAAAGAAAUAUUUCUCUACUUUAAUUGUGAAAAAGGCUUAUGUUAAUACAAUAUCUGGUAGUGCAAAACUAAUUGAGGGCUCUGGAAGAGCGGCCUUACUACUACCUGGGGGAACGAUAUUAACUAUUGAAAAUGCAUUGUACUGUAGUAAGUCUCAAAGAAACUUAUUAAGUUUCAAGGUUAUUCGCCAAAAUGGCUAUCAUGUUGAGACUGCCAAUGAAGGAAAGAUUGAAUACCUUUAUAUUACUACAAUAAAAUUGGGACAAAAAUAUGUGCAUGAAAAAUUACCCGCAUUUUCUUCUGGAUUGUACCAUACAAGUAUUAGUAUGGUUGAAUCACAUGCCAUAGUAAACAAAGGGCUUUCUAAUUCUAAUGAUUUUAUCAUUUGGCAUGACCGGUUGGGCCAUCCCGGUUAUAAUAUGAUGCGCAAAAUUAUUGAGAAUUCACAUGGGCAUACUUUGAAGAAUCAGAAAAUUCUUCAUUCAAAGAAAUUCUCUUGUGCUGCUUGUUCUCAAGGAAAAUUGGUUAUUAAACCAUCAGCAGCUAAGGUUGGGAUUGAAACCCCUGCAUUUUUGGAACGUAUACAUGGUGAUAUAUGUGGGCCAAUUCACCCUCCAUGUGGGCCAUUUAAAUAUUAUAUGGUCUUGAUAGAUGCAUCUACAAGAUGGUCACAUGUGUGA